AUUAAAAUUAAAUUAAAACUGUAAAAAAAUUAAAACCGCUUUAAAAUUAAAUUAAAAUUAAAACAGUUAAAAAAAUUAAAACCGAUACUGAUUCCAGUUAGAUUCGUAAAAUAAAUUGGAACCGGCCCACGGCAACUCUAGAUUACCUUAUUCAAGUCAAACAAGAAAAAUGUUGGCUCUGUAUAAGCCUUCCGAUUUUUGGACGCAUACCCAUUACCAGUCCAUACUCAUAGUCUGGGAAUCUGCAACAUGUGGAUUUUUGGGUGGAAAGGGGCUUCUGGAUUCUCAGCCUGUUCCACAGCUGAGCAAGUCACACGAGGGAUUGAUGGAACUGGCCUCACUGCUAUUAUCACAGAAUAUACUCAGCAGACCACCUGAGACUUGUGGUUUUUAGCAAGCAAACAAAUUUCUCAUGCUGAAAGCCUUUCCUCCAAGUUUUACUCGUCGUGGUGCUUUAUAUGACAAUGAGAUUCAAUUAUGUACGAGUACUGGAAUGCAAUACACGUUAAGAAGAAGCAAAAACAAACUCUCUGGUCUGUACAACUAACUUAGGAACCUACGUGUGUCAUGUGAAGUUGCUGCUCUCCAAACCAAAUGCGCAGAGUUUCACAAACCAUUACGUGCACCAUGAGCAUCAAGCGGCAUCGGUAUGGAGACAGCAAGAGUUCUUGCUUUGCGUGGUGUACAUACGAUAAUGGCAAUAAGGAAUUUGGAGGCUGGUAAGAAUGUUAAAGAAGCAAUACUCAAGGAAAUCCCCACCGCUAAGAUUGAUGUUAUGCAGUUAGAUCUCAGCUCAAUGACAUCUGUCAGGAAAUUUGCAUCGGAAUAUAUUUCCUCGGGUCUUCCACUAAAUAUACUCAUUAACAAUGCGGGUGUUAUGGCUCGUUUCAUGCUUUCUCAAGAUAACAUAGAAAUGCAGUUUGCAACAAACCAUGUAGGACAUUUUCUUCUGACGGAUCUCUUGCUGGAAACCAUGAAAAGGACGGCGCGUGAAAGCAAUCAAGAGGGAAGAAUUGUUAAUGUAUCAUCAGAAGGUCACCGGUUUGCAUACCGCGAAGGAAUUCGUUUUGAUAAAAUUAAUGAUGAAUCAGGGUACCACUUUGGCAGUACUUUUUUGGAAAACUGUCCUUCAAUGCUCCUUGAUGAUUCUGAGCACAGACACAAAUACAUCAGUUUUUCUGCUUAUGGACAAUCAAAGUUGGCUAACAUUUUGCAUGCUAGUGAGCUUUCAAGACGCCUUAAGGAAGAUGGAGUAAAUAUAUCCGCAAAUUCACUUCAUCCUGGAGCAAUCCCUACAAAUCUUAUGCGAUAUCACAGCAUUGUAAAUGGCAUUGCGUCUUUUAUUGGUAAAUUCGUGCUAAAAAAUGUUCAGCAGGGAGCAGCAACUACAUGCUAUGUAGCACUGCAUCCACAGGUUAAGGGGAUAACUGGUGAAUAUUUUAUGGACAGUAACCUAGCCAGCCCAAAUUCUCAGGCUAAAGAUGCAGAAUUGGCAAAAAAACUAUGGGAUUUUAGCUUGGGAUUAACCAAUCCCAAGUGAGUCGAUGGCCUCAUAUUCAUAUGAACAAGUUCUAUUUCAGGACUUUGGGAUGCUGUGUGGAUUUUUAGUUUUAUAUGAUUCUUGAACAUCCCUCUGAGAUUAUAUGUUUAUGUUGAUCAAUCCAUAUUUCAAAGAUGGUGUGUGCCUAUGUUGUGAAUUAAAUAGGAGGAAACUUUCUA